GCUACGGCCGCGGCCGCUCCCGACCGUUCGGGUCCGCUCCGCCUGCCGAGCCCCCCACACCGCCCGCCCCGACCGGCCAUGGGCGCCCACCCGCACGGAGCCCGCGCCCCCCGGCUCUCGCCGCUCCGGGCGCCGCCACUACUGCUUUUGCUGCUGCUGCCAGUGGCCAGUGCCUCCGAGGCCGAGCACCGUCUGUUUGAGCGGCUGUUCGAAGAUUACAACGAGAUCAUCCGGCCUGUGGCCAACGUGUCGGACCCAGUCAUCAUCCAGUUUGAGGUGUCCAUGUCUCAGCUAGUGAAGGUGGAUGAAGUAAACCAGAUCAUGGAGACCAACCUGUGGCUCAAGCAAAUCUGGAAUGACUACAAGUUGAAGUGGAACCCCUCCGACUACGACGGGGCAGAGUUCAUGCGUGUCCCUGCGCAAAAGAUCUGGAAGCCAGACAUCGUGCUGUAUAACAAUGCUGUUGGGGAUUUCCAGGUGGACGACAAGACCAAAGCUUUACUCAAGUACACAGGGGAAGUGACCUGGAUACCUCCAGCCAUCUUUAAGAGCUCAUGCAAAAUCGACGUGACCUACUUUCCAUUUGAUUACCAAAAUUGCACCAUGAAGUUCGGUUCCUGGUCCUACGACAAAGCGAAGAUUGACCUGGUCCUGAUCGGCUCCUCCAUGAACCUCAAGGACUACUGGGAGAGUGGUGAGUGGGCCAUCAUCAAAGCCCCAGGCUACAAACAUGACAUCAAGUACAACUGCUGCGAGGAGAUCUACCCAGACAUCACGUACUCGCUGUACAUCCGGCGCUUGCCCUUGUUCUAUACCAUCAACCUCAUCAUCCCCUGCCUGCUCAUCUCCUUCCUGACCGUGCUCGUCUUCUACCUGCCCUCCGACUGCGGUGAGAAGGUGACCCUCUGCAUCUCAGUCCUGCUCUCCUUGACCGUGUUUCUCCUGGUGAUCACUGAGACGAUCCCAUCCACCUCGCUGGUAAUUCCCCUGAUCGGUGAGUACCUCCUGUUCACCAUGAUUUUUGUAACCUUGUCCAUCGUCAUCACUGUCUUUGUCCUCAACGUGCACUACAGAACCCCGACCACGCACACGAUGCCCACGUGGGUGAAGACCAUAUUCUUGAACUUGCUUCCCAGGGUCAUGUUCAUGACCAGGCCAGCAAGCAACGAGGGCAGCUCUCAGAAGCCAAGACCCUUCUACAGUGCUGAGCUCUCAAAUCUGAAUUGCUUCAGCCGCCCAGAGUCCAAAGGCUGCAAGGAAGGCCAUCCCUGCCAGGACGGGAUGUGCGGCUACUGUCACCACCGCAGGAUAAAAAUCUCAAAUUUCAGUGCCAACCUCACGAGAAGCUCCAGUUCUGAAUCUGUUGAUGCUGUGCUGCCCCUCUCUGCUUUGUCACCAGAAAUCAAAGAAGCUAUCCAAAGUGUCAAGUAUAUUGCUGAAAAUAUGAAAGCACAAAAUGAAGCCAAAGAGAUUCAAGACGAUUGGAAGUAUGUUGCCAUGGUGAUUGAUCGUAUUUUUCUGUGGGUUUUCAUACUGGUGUGCAUAUUAGGGACAGCAGGAUUGUUUCUGCAACCCUUGAUGGCAAGGGAUGAUGCAUGAGCACUAACCUGUGUGUUUGCCUGAGGCUUACUUGUGUGUGUGCAUGGGGAGGGGCUCUUUUUUUUAAUUUUAUUUUUUAUUGUGGUAAAAUACACAACAUAAAAUUCACCAUCUUAACCAUUUUUAAGUGCACAGUUCAGUGGUAUUAAAUACAUUCACAUUGUUGUGCAACCAUCAUCACCAUUCAUCCCCAUAACUCUUUUCAUCUUGUAAAACUGAAAAUCUAUACCCAUUAAACAAUAACUCCCCAUUCUCCCCACAACCUAGCCCCUGGCAACCACCAUUAUACUUUCUGUCUUUAUGAUAUUGACUACUCAAAGUACUGCAUAUAAGUGGAAUCAUA